UUUUAAAAUAUAAUCCUCUUUCUAAUAACCUAGACACUACGAAUUUCUCUGUAACCAUGCCGAAACACGACGACGAAUAUGACGUUGAGUCAACUGGUAAUUACCACGCAGCAUGGUGGCCGCGCCUUGGGGUUGUCUUCCUUGCGGUCGCUUUGCUUGGCACCGUGGCCCUUGUCAGCUUUGGCACAUCUUUGGCUGCCGUCCAAAAGGCUCCACCAAAUGUGAUUUCUACCGUUGGUACUGCCUUUGAAUUCCCAGUCCUCGCUCCCAACUCGGAUGAUGGAUUUGCUUUCUCUUGUGUCGACACCGAGGCAGCCAUCAAUCUCUUUCGAAGCGCAAAGCAUGGCGCUGCUACGAAUGUCAUCUUGAAGACACUUACCGCGGAAUUUGGUCUAACCCUCACGUUUCAGGGCGCUGUCCGCAACUCUACCCAUGCCUGUCUCAUGUCAAUGGACACUUUGAGGACGAACAAACAGAAACUCUGCAUUGAGCUGAGCAGUAAACGCUGCGAACAAGGAUCCUCACUAUCUCAAGACCUCUUUCUUGCUGGAAACGAUGAGAGUGCAAUCUUUGGCGCUGGCCAUGAUUCCCGUCACUUGAUGUUCGAUGAAGACAAUCGCAACUUUGAAAACGGUUGCAAGGACUACGGCGGAUUUGGCGUUAUCUGUGCUGACAAGCUCCCUAUCAUCUACUUCCUGUCGGCUUGAGAAUCUGGAUGCUGCAUGUAGCUGAUCUGGAGGCAAAGACGACUUCUAAAGCGGCUAUUGUUGCCGAGCAGCAAGUUCGUUCGUUAACAUAGUAUUAUAGAAACGCGUUGUUUUUU